ACUCGUACUGUGCGAAACAAGCUUGCUUAUCUAAUGAACGUCAAACUAGCAGAAAGACGUUACUUUAGCAAGGACGAGUAAAGACGACGGUGAAUAUGGCAACGGAGAAGGAUUUAAUUAAUGCAGUCAGAGAAUCUCUAAGAGCUGACGGAGAUUUGGGUCGUAUAAAAGCUGAGAUGCGUAAGGAAGUUAUAAAAUUGUUAGACAAUUCGAACAAAGGGAAUAAAGCGAAACUUCCGAAACCACCCCUGGACAUUAUAUUCCUAAAUGAGCUUAUCCGCGAGUACUUAGACUGGAUGGGAUACGUGUACAGUUCCACUGUAUUUAUUUCAGAGUGCGAUUUACCGAAACAGCCCCUCGACAGAUCUCUCCUUCUUCAGAAUUUGGGUUUAAACGAGAGUGAGAGUAGUGAAAAUUUACCAUUGCUGUGUAGCAUCGUGGAGACGUUCAAAAGUCUAAAAAACACAUGAGAGCCUGAUAAAUUUUUAGCACUGUGCACUUGACGUAUUGUAAUCUAAAACUACUUUUGUACUUCUGCAUUGAAUAAACAUAUUUUUAACUUA